AUGAAGGACUCGCCGAACAAUAAAGUCUUCGGCGAGAGUAUUAUCGACGAGAAGUUGGUGAGGAAGUUAUGUUUUGGAGGUGUGUGCAGUGAUUACAGAUGUGUCGCAUGGAGAAUUAUCUUCCAGGUUGUUGGGUUGAGGAGGCAAUCACAUGCAAAUGAGAUUGAGACUAGGCAAAGAAAAUACAUGGGAAUGGCUGCAAAGAUGGGGUGCUCUUGGCCGACAGAUAAGGAUAAGUACUCUGUGAACGAGAUAAUAGAUAAAGAUUGCCUUACAAGGCCAAACGGGACAUAUCAUUAUGGCAAUAUUAGACUUCACGAAAAGAUAGCACACCAGAUCGAUCUUGACAUAAAAAGAAUAGAUCCCAGGUACAAAACUUACGCAGAUGUAGACAUAUCAUACAUGUACUAUCACAUACUAUGGCUGAUUGCACAGAGAAGACCACAGCUUGGAUAUGUGCAGGGAAUGGCUGAUAUUUUAGUUCCAUUUGUCCUUGUUUUUUCGCAUGAGAAUAUUGAGAAGGCUGAAAGUAGCACCUACUUCUGUUAUUCGCGUCUACUGGAUGAGAUACAGCAUAACAUAAUAGAGCUCCAAGCGGGAAUGAUUAAGGGGAUGGAUCUUAUUUUGCAGACUGUGGAUCCAGAUUUCCACAAAUUUCUGAAAGAUAUCGGAUUGGAAAUACACAUGUUUGCAUUCAGAUGGUUUAAUUGUUUUUUUACUCGAGAAUUUAAGAUGCCUGUGCUACUUAAGGUUUUGGACACCAUUUUUGCUUCUGAUAACAUUAGCGAAUCUCUGUUGUAUUUUGGGGUAGCUCUUCUGAUGAGGCUCAAGCCGGUUCUGAUUGAAAACAACUUUUCCUACAACAUUCUGUUCUUACAGAGUAUAUACGAACGGGAGUGGGAGGAGGCUGAAAUAGAGUUGGUUUUGUCAUCGGCAAAGUUUUAUAGAAAAGUGACUUCUAGACAAUUGAUCUGGUCCCGGUUUUGGGACUGA